CGAUAAACCAAAUUGGCAGAUUUGGCAGUCUCGCCAGUUCAACAAGGACAAUUGACCAGGCCUUUCCAAGUUGUCGGAGACCAAUCCUACCAAUUCUCCCAUGGCUCUUGGCUCCCACACCAACCAUUUCUCCACACCAUUUUCUACCCUUCGGUAACUUCUUCCUAGCAAAUCAUUUUACUACCGUCACAUCUCAAGAGAGUGCGGCUCCAAGCCACUACAAUAAGAGGCUUAUCUACAUUAAAAACUCAAAAACUCAAACAAAAAAAAGCAACAACAAUCACUAACCGACAGUCUUUGUGUUAAUCGAGGGGCUUCCCAGACUUGGGACUUGUGUAUAUACCCAUCAGCAACUCAAUAUUUGCAAUUGCACAACUGGAAAUACCCCGUGGAUAGUUGAAUUUGUUUUUUGUUAUUAUACAGAUAAUAGCGGAACGAAGCAUAUCUCCGCACCAACGGAAAAGACGGAAAAAAAACCGAAGCACGUCGCAUCAGUUCACGUUCCUCCCGCAUUCAAGAAGUUCUUCUGUCGUGCUGUAUGUUUGAUCGGCACCGACAAUGCUUAUUCUUUGUACCUUGACUGUUUUCGAUUGAUCAUUUUGUGGUGUGCGGCGCAGUCGGCAUAAUGGAUGACACCACGAGCCUCGUAUCGGAUCUUCUCCAAAAGCUCGCCGAGCUUGAUAACAAGGUCAAUGAAUAUCGCCAAGACAUGGCACAAGAAUUCCGUCGGUAUUCGCAUCAGCGGCUACGAGACAUGCCGGGACAUGUGUCUGCUAGAGUCAAAAAUUUGGUUGCUGAGCAAUUCCACAACUAUCCGACCUUGAGUCCAGCUCUCGAUCACGAUGUUGGUUCGCAGUCGCAAUUCGACACUAAUACUACCAGUCCGGAUGAAAAGUUAUGGUCACCUAAACUGUUGUCGCCGCCGCCAGCUUCCCCUCAGAGCCCAGGAACUCCCAUAGAAGACGGCGCUCGGAGCCCACAUGAGAGAGAGCGCGAGUUCCACGGUCUGUUUACACCGAGCUAUCUUCCCUUGCUGGAUGCCGUACAGCGACAUACUUCGACACUGCCUGCCUUACCGUCCCAAGCACCAGAAGUUAGAGAAUCUAACGAUAGCCAAAAACUAUUUCUCUCACCGUUAAGCAAUGACAUUUUACCACGACCGGAUCCUGUUCGACGCCACACUUUGGAUACUGUCUCUUCAGCCACUUCUGACGAUAGUGCGACGCGACCAAGAAGCGCCCUCCGCCGCUCAUCUAGUUCUUCCGUCAAGACCCAGAGCCCUAUAAGACGAGUACGAUUCGACGUAGAAGGCGAAGAAGUUCUUCCCACUUCAUCGCCUCCAAUGUCACCCCGAGCAACAGACUUUUUGUCAUCCCCGAUAGGCGGCAACCCCACUAGUCUCCUAGAUGACUCAUACAACGCGAUCGUCAUUAACGAAGAAACCGGUCUACUGGGCAGCUCUCCGCCAAUGCCAAAGAAGAUUACCUCGACUGAGCGCCUCAAGGCUCUAGCGAGGAGCUCCACCGAGGAUACCUCGAAAUGGGAGGUUGUUGGUAGCCUGGAGGCCAUUGAUGAUGACGAGGAUGAUGAAUUAGUCAUGGCCAUUUCAAAUGGGCGGAAAAUGAAUAACGCACAUCAGGUUGCAGCCAAUCAUCUAAACUCCGAUAUUACAGCACACCGUAUAAAUGAUGCGCGUCUUCCAACCCAACUUGGCGCACCUCUACCGGUUGUGGAAGAAAUUGGUGAAGACGAAGCUGCUGACGAGAUUGAUGAUACGGAUGAUGUUCUCAUGAUGCCUCCGUUGAGUUCCUUUAGAGACAAGAAACACUUUACCCCGCCGCUUGAAACAAUUCCCGAACCUAAACCAAGCGUUCCCGAUUCGCAACAGCCAAAUAAGCAGCCUAGUAGCAAGCCAACGGUACCGGCUAACCCCGUCGAAGAGCCAGUGCUUGAGGCAGAAGAUAUGUUCGAGUUUGAUAACAGUCAUGAGGUCAAGCCGGCUACGAAAUAUAUCGAUGAGGAUGAAGAUGAGGAUGAAGAAGAUGAUGAUGAUGCCGACGUGACCCCUAUAGCUGAGAAACCGGUCUUAUAUUCUACAUCGCCUGCGAUUCCCGUCGCGAAACCUGCUGCGCCGGCACCUACCUCACCGUCCCCACGUCACGUGGCCGCAUCGGCGGGAUCAUAUCGCGGAAAGGCGUUCUCGAUUGGCGUUGUUCGUGACCCAGAACUAUAUAAGAAGGCUGCCGAGAUGGGCGACUUCUAUACUUUUGUCGGUAGUGUUGACGGGCGAAGCGGGGUUGACGAAACAAGCAGUUACAGGCCUGAACUGACUUACUUCAACGGAACACCAAGAAGUCUCAGCGAGCGCUUGAUCAAGGAGGAUUUGGACGAAGAGCGUCGAAAUACAAAUACCAACGAAACCAGCUAAGCUUGUGCUUAGGUUCACCUUGAAACACAACAUCGUGUCCGAAUAUAUGGAAGAAUCUGUAAACGAAACCACGGCUACCACAAUGUCGGCAUUAUAGCCACUCUUGUUAUGAUUCCUAGUUGCAUUGUUCUAUAUGCCCAUCUUUUUGGCAUUCGGGCCUACGUGGGGCGAAUCUGCAUGCAUAUUGGCGUUUUAAGGGUGGCCUCAUUCUACUUCGGUCUCAUUCAUAACACGAUAAAAACAACCACGGAAUAUUCCAAUACGUGCAUACCAGAGUUGUUGGCGAUUUGCCUUCUUCCGCUAUAUAGGGGUGGGGUAUGUGAGAAGAGUCGGCUGCGAGGUCGGGUUGCAUCGGGGCCGGGCAUAUGGCAAGGUUCUGUUUCUCGCUCUGCAUCCGGAUAUCUGGACAUGUUAGGUCACAGGAGUUGUUGGUUUUGAGAAGCUUCGUUGCGAUUUUGCCUGGGGGUUGAUAGGCGUGAUAAUGGUCGGUUGUAACCACACAUAUUUACAAGCUUGAGACUGGAAAACCUUGCUACGAUAUAGUCCUGAGGUGUGGAAGGGCUGGGGGUACUUUGGUCGUAGGGUUAUGAGUAUGCUAUAAACGAAGAGGCCAUACUCCUGUACGUAUUGAUAGGUAGUCAACUAUAAUAAUGACAAUACCAUUUAGUUGGUUAUCAAUAGUA